UCGUAUGCGUAAAUCGGGCAUCGACUGGUGGGAGGACACCUACGCCCGAAUUCAGAGUCUCGGCUGGCUCGGCCAGAUCCAUUAACCCUUGCUCUCCCAUCGCAAUCAAACGCGAGCCGGUGAAAACUGAGCCCCGUGAACGAUCCGAUAGCGCUAUCCACAUUCUACGCGAGGAGCCGAUCUACGUCAAGAGCGAGGCUGUGGUUCGGGAAGGGAACGGGACGGUUGUUGGUGGGGAUGCGUCGGGACCUUUGGAAUUGGGUGUGAUGGACGAGGAGGUGAAGGUGGAGAACUUGGAGUGUGUCGGAAGAGCUGCGGGAGCUGUUGCGGGGGAUGCAAUUGAGGGGGCUUUGGGGUCGGGUGGGGUCGGUCAGUUGAAGACGGAAGUCGGCCAGAAGGGAGCUGUAGAUGGCGCAACACACAUCGCUUCGACACCAGUCGCGUAUGAUCAGGCAGUGAAGAACGAGCCUGCGGACUUGAGACAAGGCCAGCCCAAGACGCAGAUGGACUCUGGGCCACCCGAAACCGCCAUCUCGAACGAACAAGAAACAUACCCCACCCCCGCCUCGCUCCCAAGUCCCGGCCGUAUACCCACCUUAAAAAUAACCGUUGAUGACACCCCAUCCUCCGGCGUUAUAUUGGAAGAUAUCAGCGACGAGGAUAGGGAUGUGAGUGACGGAAUGCAGCAACGAAGGAGGUCCCAAAGUGUGACUGCCACGGUCGGGGAGGAUGGGUUGGUGGUGCGGGAUGAGAUGGAGAGUAGCGGUGUGGCCGAGACUAUCAUCAAACCCGAUGUGGAUUUGGAUGAGAUGUCCAUCAUUGCGAACAAAGUGUCGGAUGAAACGUCAACCAAUGCGAUGAACAAGUGCUCCGAGUCAGAGACGACUGAAGCCUCGCAGCAGCUUCUGUUUGCGAUGUCGGACGAUGAGAUCGAGAGUGAGGCGAUGACCGAAAGCUCGACCUCGGCCAACGAGCUCAAGGCGUUGGACUUGUUGCUGCGGCCGAAAGAUGAGAUGGAGAGGGGCGAUGCGAGCGACGUGUUCCAUACGGCUGACGAGCCGCAGUCCGAGAUGAUGGACAUGUCCCCGCAGUCUACAGAGGCCAUUUCGGACGAUGGCAUGGACGUUGAUGACACUAGCGAUAACUUCGAGUCGGGCAUCAAAUCUGAUGUGGACACCGCACGCCCGCAAUCGCCUAUAGUAAUAGAGGAUGAAGAUGAUGAGAUCUCGGCUGGUGGUAUGAACGAGGGCGUGGAAGUAGUGGUGUUGGAUUCUGAAGAUGACGAGGAUAUGUCGAUUCCUGCACCGAAAUUCAGUUCGAAAUCCAGUAUCGCAGACAGGAAAAAAUCGGCCUCGGAAUCGCUUCUGCAAACCACGACCGAGUCAGAGACGAACACGUCAACCAUGGAACUGGUGGACUUGGUUUCCGACGACGAUACGCCCGUCGAUUCAUCGACAAAAACCUUGAACUUUGUUCUUUCAGCCAAGAAGAAGUCGACAUCGCAACCGCGUAUGGAAGGUUUGAACGACGGUGAGGGUGAUGAUGAAAUAUUGAAACAACGCCGCAGUUCCGGCCGAAAAAGUCCUGGAGUAAUCCCGGAUGACGAUGAGAUGGAUGAGGAUGUACCUGCGUCGUCACCGAGCGGGCCCUCAGACUCAAGUCAAAACGACUUGGAGCUUGAUGCGUCUUCGUCAGCGCCGAUCGGACCCUCAAGGACACCGUCGUAUCAAAGACAAGAAAUUCUGCGUCAGUACCGUAACGCCGCCAAGCAAAGUGCGCAAACUGCAACCUCUACAUCGCCACAAGAUAUAACCACCACUACAAGCAGAAGCACUGCGGGUAACAAUAAGAUAAAGAAGGCCCCUCCAUCGAGGAGGAACCCGGCGAGAGCUGUCAAGUUGGAACAGGGAUCUCCACCCGCUCCGGAAGCGGCACCCAUUGUCGACGUUAUUGAUGUCGAUAGUGAGUCUGAGGAGACGAUAGCCACUGCCGAGCAGCAGUUUACACGCGUCAAGCGAGAGCGCUCCGAGUCCAGCACAACGGUCGAGGGACCACCGAGGAAACGCACAGCACGAAACGUCGCCGUCAAGCGCGAAGCCUCACCUGUCAUCACGGUACCCGACCACGACGGUCUAUCUCCUGAAGAGCAGGCGCAAUGGAAACGGCGCAACCAAGCGUUCGACCGCAUGGUCGUACAACUCGUUCUCGGAGGAGGUACACAGAACACUUUCCCUAAACCGGGUUCCGACACCAUAACUCGGUACGGCGAUCGCGGCCAGUAUGCCGCCAUGAAGCGCGCGUGGAACCCCAAUCUGCCACACCAUCCCCUCGAGCCAGGCUCCAUCGUCAUUUGCGGCGGCAUUAGCCACCUGGACUUCCUGAAGAAACCGUUCCCCUUAUUUGUGCAACGCAAACCGCGCGAGUGGUUGUACGUGGGCCACUACACCUGCAAGGUCGAGCCACAGAAGGAACUAAGUUGGGGGCAGUUGAAGGAGACAUCGAGCUUAGCAUCCAGGACAUGGAUUAACAGGGCAUUGAGAAACCCAGAUUGGGGAGAGUGGUUCUUUGGCGACCUUGGCGCGUCAAGGGACCAGGUACUAGGCAUGCCUUUGGUCGCUAUUGAAGAGCUGCUCGACGAGCUGACCUCAGGCGCCGGGAGUGAGAACAAGAUUGGUGUUCACGAGCUUGAGCCGCAGGAGUAUGACGACGCCCUGUUGAAAAUGUUAGAGCAGGUGGCUGCCGAGCCCGAAACCAUUGCAAAAAUCGAAGGGAUCGCCGAAAAGGGGAAGGCAACUAGAAAAAGGAAUGAGGCACUGAAGCUUCAGGCCGCGAACGAUCGCGAAGAGAUAGGGGUGUCACCCAGAAGGAAGAAGGCCGGCGCUGCUACAAAGAAGGCCACCGCCGCUGGCAAGAAGAAAAAGAAGACCGCCGCUGUCGCAGACGAGUCCGAAGAUGAUUUCGAGGAUAACUCCAAUGAUUACUCGGACGACGAGGACUACCAAUAGAUGUGCUUUUUCCAUACCCCUUUUGUUCACCACUUCAUUCUUUCACGUAGCAUUUGUACAGAUCUAUAUACCUUUUUCCUGUCUUAGUAGGUUCUUUUUUAAAGGGGUUUGAAGUCGGCGUAUGUAUACUCAUGGAUUGUGUGGGAUUUGCGAUGUCAGAUAGUGAGAUAGCUUCCUGUGAGAAUAUAUAUUUCCGAUGCCACCUUUCAGUCAUCACUGUUCAACGACGAAA